GGCGGCGGCGGACGGGGGAGGAGGCGCCUCGUCGCCUCAGCGCCUCGACGACCAUAACAACCUCCCCGCCGACGACGGCCGCCACGACUCCUUCCCAUCAUGAACACCAAGGAGGUCACCUGCCGGUAUUUCAUGCACGGCAUCUGUCGAGAAGGAAGCAAGUGCCUGUUCUCCCACGACCUUUCGGCCAGCAAGCCCUCGAUCAUCUGCAAGUUCUACCAGAAGGGCUUCUGUGCCUACGGAACCCGUUGCAGGUAUGACCACACCAAGCCCUCUACCUCAGCCGGUGGCGCAGCGGGUCCCAGGCCAGCAGUCAGCAUCCCUUCACCGGCUCUCCCGAAUCGCCCGCCACCACAGCCGGGGUUCACCGCCACCAUAAUGAAAAGCAAGUUGUGCGAGUCGGGGAAGCGGGAAAAGAGACCGUUAGUUCUCAGGGACCGAAAUCUGAGUGGCUUAACUGAUAUAAGACCCCCAGCCGAUCCCGCAGAGAGGCCCGGCUGCUACAGUGACGGAAGGGGAGGCGACCUGGGUGGGAAGCCUCACUCCUACCUGGAAGCCAUCUGCAGCGGGCUCGAUAACGUGGAAGCCGGAAACACGGACGGGCAGCAGUUGUGUCCCUACGCGAUGGCCGGGGGCUGCCGCUUUGGCAACACGUGCGGCUAUCUCCACGGAGAAGUGUGCGAAAUAUGCGGCCUGCCCGCGCUGCAUCCCUUGGACGUGGAGCAACGCAGGACCCACGAGAAGGUUUGCAUGGACAACUUCGAGCACGACAUGGAGAAGGCCUUCGCUUUCCAGGCGAGCCAGGGGAAGACUUGCAGCAUCUGCAUGGAGGUCAUCUACGACAAGCCGUCCGCCUCCGAGAGGAGGUUUGGGAUCCUCUCUAACUGUAACCACACCUACUGCCUGGGCUGCAUCCGCCAGUGGCGCUGCGCCAAGCAGUUUGAGAAUCCCAUCAUAAAAGCCUGCCCCGAGUGCCGUGUGGUAUCAGAGUUUGUAAUCCCUAGUAUGUAUUGGGUAGAAGACCAAAAUAAAAAAAAUGAAUUGAUUGAAGCGUUUAAACAGGGAAUGGGGAAAAAGGCCUGUAAGUACUUCGACCAGGGCAACGGGACCUGCCCCUUCGGCGGGAAAUGCCUCUACCUGCACGCGUACCCCGACGGGACCAGAGCGGAGCCCGAGAAGCCGCGCAAACAGCUGGGCCGCGAAGGCGGCGUUCGGUUCUUCAAUUCCGUCCGGCUGUGGGAUUUCAUCGAGGACAGAGAGAGUCGGCACCUCCCGCAGGACCAGGACGACGACGUGCUGGAGCUCGGCGACCUCUUCAUGCACCUGUCGGGGGCGGAGGCCGCCCACCACUGAGGCGGCCCGCCCGGCCGCCCGGCCGCAGGCUCCCGGGUAGCGGCUUAGCGAGAGUUUGCGGUGUUUCUUUCCUUACCCGGGAGCGGGCGCGCUCGGCCAACCUCGGUUCGGUCCUUGCGAGGGAGGCGGCGACGGCUAGGGAAUAAAAGCGGUCCCCCCGGUCGGCCGUAAAGCCGUCCUCGACCCGGGGAGGGCCGCUCGACGGAAGAGAGCCUCAGUGAGACAGCGGGUCUGGGGUCGGGGGGGUCUGCUAGGGAGGGGCGCCGCAAGCAGAGGAUGCAAGAUCUCACUCGGGCCGUCCCGCCGGGGACCGGAGCGACGGCAUCCUCACCCGUCGGUUUGCAUCGAGCCGUACCGCCGCCGGCUUGUCGGAGGAGGAGGGCCCGUGUCCCGUGUUUCUCAUAUUCACGCCAGACUUGAGCUUUGAAACUAGGCCGAAACUGAGCUAGAACUAACCUCUGCUAACCAUUUCAGAAUUAGCCGACGAAGAAGCCUGAUUAGUAACUGCACCGAAGCGGGGGUGGAAGAUUGAUUUCUUAGCAAUACUAUCCUGCGUUACCUUUGCCAAAACUAGUUUUGAAAGCUGCAUAAAAUGAUUUCCACCACCAAGA